GCGCCGUCGUGGGCAGCGACGAGAAGAAGACGAAGGGGAGGAAGCCGAUCAGAGCGAGCAUGAACAUCCGAAAGAAUUGUCACGCGCCCACCAAGAUGCCCCACCAUCCGACGAACAAAUCUCAUUGCUGGCUCAGAUCAAGGUGGAAGCGCAAGACGAGGUGGUGAGAUAUUUUGACGCCGAUGGCGACCCCAUCCCCGUAUUCGGCGACAAAAAGCACCGGUGGGACCCGAAACUGCUCUCAGGCACGGCCGUGCGACCGCUGUCGCCGCAAUAACGUGAAGUGCAUCCUCAACACGGCCGAGUGGGCGCGCUGCGUGCUCUGCAUGCUCUCUAGCAAGUCGUGCAGCCUCGCGCCAAAGUAUGCGAAUGGCCGGUCUGCGAAGGGUAACGCGGCCAAUCAGGUGCAGAAACGCUAUCAACAGUUGUGUGCGGAGCUGCUCAGUCAAGGGAGCACGUUUGAUGAGCUUCCUCCGUCGCCAGAGACUGUUCCUGGACCCAUGUCAGGGCCUUGGAAAGAUGGAAAGACAAAGGCGGAGGUGCAAGAGCCCUCGUUAUCAGAGCCCGCGUGCAAGCGUGCUGGGGCCAAGUCGCGUGCAAAGGGGAAGGCUAACGCUUCUGCACAAGGGGAGCAGGUGAACGGCAAUGCGAGCAAGAAACGGCCGCACAAGGCGGCUGUGAAGAAGGAGGCUGUGCAAGUACCGGUCUCAUCUCUGCCAGCCGAGGCAGAGAGAGCACCACAUAUGGCCUCGGAAGGUUCCUCGCCACGCGCUGUAAUUUCGCAGCAAUCUCCCGCUGUGCCCUCAUCAGAUGUAAACGGCGCGCCGACGGCCACUUCCUCGUCGCUGAAGCGGCGGAUUGUACCAGUCCUGACUAUUAGCGAUUCGGAUAGUGAUGAUCUUUACGAUGUAACUGAGUUCCGGCGUCCAUUCAAACUCCAACGCUUUGGGUCUAGCAAUGGGGAAUGUAUCCUCUCGAAGCAGGCUGCAAAAGUCGAGCCGGUUGCGGAGAGCAUCAGCAGCUCUUCUCGGCCAGCUGCCCUCACGGCGAGCGGCAGUAACUCAACGGCUGUGACCGCGCCCGUCCACAAUGUCCGGCCCGUUCAACCAGCGCCGUUAUCGCCAGUGUAUCCUGCUUCCGUUCCAGGUAUAUUUACCUAUCGAGAUCUAGCUGAGGGCGGGCUAGACUCGGAAACCCAAGGGUCCUCGCAGCACGUCCUCAAGGGACUCGUCUCUCGGGAGACCAUCGCGAACAAUAAAGGAAAGGGGAAAGCUAGGGAGACCGAUGAUAGUGCACGACCGGACGCGGAUGCCGUUUCUAACACCGCGUCGAAAGCCCCGAAUGGUAAGUCGACGGAUGUGAAGGCAAGGACGAAAACGAAGGCAGCGACGGCCUCGAGCUCGAAUUCGCGCCCUACGAUUAGGAUUCCGCCACUACGAAUCCCAGCCGCCAAAACCGCUGCCGCUCGGCCGGGAGAGCAGAAUGGGGAUAUUGCUGCAUCUAUAGCUGUGGCCACCAACACUGCUGCUGCGACUGUCGUUGCAAACGGUGUUACCGGUACAAAGGCGGCUACAAGUGCUCAGACGCAGGCCGGCGAGUUGUCGGCUGCCAAACAUUCUGUAACGACUACUAGGAUCGAGCCUAUUCUUCUUUCUCCUAUCUCAUCCAAUGCGGCUGCUCCCGCAAAGACGGGGUCUUCCGUGCAGGGGCCCAUGCCCGUACCGAUGUCCAUAUCAGCCUCCCAGCUAUCGGAAGCAUUCGGCGGUGCUUCAGUUCCUUCUGUCCGUUCAGUCGGCGCGGAUAAGGUGGUUAUUCGUCAGCCUUCACCGAAAAAGAGCGCAAAAACUGUGGAGCGGGAGCCUCACCAGUUCGGAGAUGACCGUCCGCCAGUCAAUUCUCCGCCGAUAGCUUCAUCCUCCUCCGCACCUGCCGCUAUCCAAUCUAUUACACACCAUCCACAACCAGGCGAUACUCAACCAGUCACUCCUCUACCAGGAGCAAGCGCCGCCGCGCCACCUGCUGACACGGAACCGCAAAACGUCCGCGACCUGCGCAACAUGCUGCUCGAAGAACGCGUACACGCGCUUCAAUUUCGCGUGCGUUGCCUGGAGGAGCGCCUCGAGCACGCCGAGCGCAAGCACGAGGACCGCAUCCGCCUGCUUGAACGGCAACACGACGAGCGCGUUCGACAGCUCGAGCGGCAGUCCGAGGAGCGGCUGCGCUUGUUUGAGCGCAGCGUUGAGGCGCGGCUGCAUGGGUUGGAGACGCGCGAAAAGGCGGUACAGGAGGGCGCGCAGACGGCGUUGGGGUUGGCGCAGGCGACGAUGAAGGAGGUGGUGAGGGCGUCGGAGGGGAGGAUUGGCGCGAUUGAGGGGCUGUUGAAGGCGGCUGUGUCGGGGUCGGCUUCGGCGUCGGGGAUACAGGAUCAGUGUGAGGAGGGACUUCGUGAGGGCCAGUCUGGUCCUAGCCGUCUGGCGUCGACAUCUGCGGCUGGUGGGCAAACUUGAGUGAUUAUGUUGCUCGGUGAGGUUUUUUUGUGUAUCUUUAGUGUGCUUGACGCGUGUGUGCAUUUGUAUGGGAAUGAACGACUGCUGAGAUUAUGCUUCGCGGAAUUAUGUUGGCGAGAAAGUGAGAUGGGAGUGUAGGACCAAUCGGCAGGUGUUUGUUAGCUCACUUGUCUUGUUCGUUGACCUGCGUAGCGUUCGAUUUGAAGGCAGAGCUUUAUCUGGAUUCGUCGAUUCGGAGCUAAUUAUAAUUGUAGCAGAUAUGACAAUGUACAGCCGGUUAAGUUCUCC